GAGUUUGGAGGACGAGUAGGAUGCUGAGUAUCUUUCCUCCACCAAUGUUCUCCACCCUGCUCUCCAUGACCUGAGAGCACCAACGCAGCGGGAGGAAACGAAACACCAGAAAGAGAGCGAGGAAGAGGAGGGCAGAAGGCCAGGGAAGAAAAGGAAGGAACCCACUUUUUUUUUUUGGUUAUUGUUGUUUGUUUUUCCCUUUUCUGAAAUGGCGGCAACUGAGGCCAACGCGGCACCGGUGGUCCAGGAAGACGGAAAAACCCCCGAGAGCAAGCCCGCAGAGGCGGAGCAACCGACUAAAAACGCCAACGCAAACUCAGAGACUGUCAACAGCGAGGUUGUCGAUAAAGAUGGCGCGGCCGUCAACAGCGAGGUCGUCGAUAACAAAGAGACUGUGAAUAACGACACGGCUGCCGGAGCUGAGGAGGCCGACGCAGCAGAGAGCGGGGAGGCAGCAGCGCCUCAGAGCUCAGAUGGCACCUCCUCCGCUGAGCCCAAGACCUCCUUCUUGGACUCCUUCCUCAAUAAGAGCGGCCUGGGGAAGGUGAUGGGAGGACGGAAGAAGAAGGAGGCGAGCACAGCGGCCGCCGGAGGAGAAGAGAACGCAGCCGAAGGAGGAGAGAAAGAGGGCGAGAAAGUGGAAGAGGCUGCAGCAGCUGACGGAGGAGCGGAGGGCGGCGCUGAAGGAGAGGAGGCGAUCGAGAAAGCUCCGGAAAACGGGGAGAAGGAGGAGGAGAAGAAGGCAGAGAAGAGCAAACCGACAGAGGCCAAAUCCACGGUGCGGGAUCUGAUCAGGAAGCCGGUGGCGAGGAUCUUCUCUCACCGCAGUACCGAGAAGAAGGACGGCGCCGCCGCAGACACCCAGAAACCAAUCAAGGUUCGGUCCAAGUCCCUCGACCGGCUGGCAGACGCCGAAGCACUUAACGCCUCCGCCGACUCCACCAUAGAGGAGGGAGGUGCAGCGGGAGGCGCGGAGGGAGGCGCGGAGGAAGAGCAGAAAGCGUCGUCGUCCUCGGCAACCACCAAGCACAUGAAACGCUGGCACUCCUUCAAGAAACUCAUGGCUCAGAAGGCGCAUAAGAAGAGCGGGGGAGGGGGAGGAGGAGAGGAGUGCAAGGAGGAGGGAGCAGACGGAGAAGGAGGCGGAGACUCCUCCACACUGGACUCCAAGGAGUCGGGGCAGAAGAGGUGGAAGCUGAAGCGCUCCUGGACGUUCCAGGGCCUGAAGAGGGACCCGUCCAUGGUCGGCAUCAGCGGCAAGGCCAAGGGCUCCGACAAAGACUCCGCCGGCAAGCCGGAGGAGGGCGCCGCCAUGGGAGUGGAGGAGGGAGAGGAGGCGAAGCCGGACGGAGGAGCGGCAGGGGAGGAGGAGGAGGGGAAAGCAGAGGGAGGCGAGGAGAAGGCUGAAGGAGGAGAGGAGGAGAAGGCCGCCGGUGCUGCCGCAGCAGCAGGAGGCGGCGGGACGGUGACGCAACACGCCAACGAGAUCUGGACGUCCUUCAAGAAGCGCGUCAUCCCCAAGUCCAAACGCGCCAACACAGAGUGCGCCCCGAGUGCAGAGGACGAUGCAGCAGCCGCCGCCGCAUCGGGCGAGGAGGGAGCGGCCGACGACGGCAAAGACGCCAAGUCAGCCAAGGCCAAGCGCUCGCAUUUUGGCCGCGCAGUUUCCCUGAAGAACUUCAUCCUGCGAAAGGGCAAAUCCACCAGCGUGGACAUGGGCGAGGGCGCCAAGGAGGAGGAGGAGGAGGAGGCCACGGAGGCGGCGGAGGGCGUAGAAACGGCGGAGGAAGCCGGCGCUGAAGGCGAAGCCGCCAACAAGGAGAGCAACGACAAAGACGCAGUGGCGACUGAGAAGACGGCGGAGGAGGAGCCGGCGAGCGGAGAAGAGGCGGUGAAGGAGGCGGUGAAGGAGGCGGUGAAGGAGGCAGUGAAGGACGCAGUCAAGGAGGCGGAGAAGACGCCGGCGGACGCCCCGGUGACCAACGGCGAGAACGGCUGCUCCAACGGCACAGGCGAUGAUCACGCCACACACAAUCACCAGGACGAGGAGAAGACGACAGGGGGCAGCCCCGUGAAGAAGAGCAAGGAGGCGGGCGGAGCUAAAGAUGAGGCCAACGCUAAGAUCAUCAACGCCACGGCGGCUGUGAACAGCGGUGAGUUAGAGCACGCCGACCGGGACUCUGAUGAGCCACAAAACAUCAACAAAGACGGAGACACUAACUACAGACAUGAAGCACAACAAGCAGCACUAACAAACACUGAAGCACCUGAGCUAGCUUUAGCCGUUAGCAUCGAGGAGGAGGGGGAGGGGCAGAGGGGGGAGGCAGCGUCUCCUCAAAAUGGAGGUUGUAACGAGGGGGCGGAGUCAUGUGAGCAGGGAGAUUUGGAGGGAGACGAGGAGGAGGAGGAGGAGGAGAGGGAGGAGAUGAGGAAGAGGGAUUUACGGGAGGCAGCGGUGGCCAUCGUUCAGAACGUGAUGUCGGCAGCAACCGACCAAUUAGAGCGAGAGCUGUGCGUCGACAACGGUCUGAACGGGUGUUACGACGCCGACAUGCGUUACUGAACACGCUGAUGAACACAAACGCACAGUUUUGCACAGGUCAACACACAGAAACGUGCCAAAUGUAA